UCCAGCCAGUCUUCGCCGAAGGCAGACAGACGCGCGUCGAAAAUGAAAAUAAAUCAUUUUUUAGUUACUGUACUGUUUUUCGUUUUGAUUAAUUUGAUAAAUGAGGUACAAGGCGCCCGAAGGCACGCCGAAUUAGUGAAUUGGUUUGGCAGCAAUGAGCUGAUAGAUUCGAUGAGAGAAACUGACGUGACACCGACCACAAGACGAACAGUAACGAAAUUGAAGAAGAGAUAUAAAAAGAGAAAACCGACAAAGAAGAAACGGAAAGAUAAAAAGGACGAGAAGAAAACAAGGAAUAAGGAGAGACAAGAGAAGAAAUUCGUAAAGACAGUCGUUAGAGAGAACGAGAGAGCGUACAACACGUCUUCUUCGGUAGAAAGUGGAGACAUUAAGAAACCGGUUGACAUUAUUGUACACAUUAAAAUGCAUGAGUAAUACA